CGCAAGCGGGGCUUCUUUUACGAUAGAGUUGCGCUCGGCGGCUGGCGGGGCCUAGCGUGACCGAAGGCGCUCUUGGGUGGCUGUCCUCCCUUUCUUUUUACCGCCAUGGAGAUGCCGCCGCCGCCACUGCUGCCCCCGCCCGAAGAUCAAGAACUACGCAAUGUCAUCGACAAACUGGCCCAGUUUGUGGCACGAAAUGGCCCUGAGUUUGAAAAGAUGACAAUGGAGAAGCAAAAGGAAAAUCCUAAAUUCUCAUUUCUGUUUGGAGGAGAUUUCUAUGGUUAUUACAAAUACAAGCUGGCUCUGGAACAGCAACAGUUAUUGUGCAAACAAGGUCAAGAUCUUGAGGCUGCCCCAUCAAUUCAGCCAAUUCCCCAGCCACCUUUGGCUCCUGCCGCCCCUAUCGCCACUCCUCAGGGGACUCCUUCUAUGGAGGAAUUGAUCCAGCAAAGCCAAUGGAAUCUGCAGCAGCAGGAGCAGCACCUCCUUGCCCUGCGACAGGAGCAAAUCACCUCUGCAAUAGCUGUGGGUAUUGAGCAACAAAUGCAGAAAGUCUUGGAGGAAACCCAACUGGAUAUGAAUGAGUUUGAUAACUUGCUACAACCAAUCAUUGACACAUGCACCAAAGAUGCUAUCUCCGCUGGAAAGAACUGGAUGUUCAGUAAUGCCAAGUCUCCACAGCAUUGUGAACUAAUGGCUGAGCAUCUGCGCAAUCAGAUUACUGCCGAGGGGGCACAUUUUGAGCUGCGACUACAUUUAAUCUAUCUGAUUAACGACGUCCUCCACCAUUGCCAGCGGAAGCAACAGCGUGAUCUCCUGGCAGCCCUGCAAAAAGUGGUGGUGCCCAUUUACUGCACUAGCUUCCUGGCUGUGGAGGAGGACAAACAACAGAAGAUUGCCAGGCUCCUUCAGCUGUGGGAGAAAAAUGGCUACUUUGAUGAAUCGAUUAUCCAGCAGCUCCAGAGUCCAGCCCUUGGACUCGGGCAGUAUCAGGCUACCCUGAUCACAGAAUAUGCCAAUGUUGUGCAGCCAAUUCAGGUUGCAUUUCAGCAGCAGAUUCAGAAUUUGAAAACUCAGCAUGAGGAGUUUGUCAGCAGCCUCACACAACAGCAGCAGCAGCAGCAGCAGCCGCCACAGAUGCAAAUCCCCCCACUGGACAGUGAGGUGAAACCAGCUCCUCCAGCCUUAGCUCCUCCUCCAGCCACUUCCAUUGCGCAAACAGACGAAGGGAAGGCUCCACUGCCCCUUGCAGGCUCCACAGAAUACGAAGCCACUGGAGCUGGGCCCCCUGAUUCUGCUGCAGCUGGACCUCGUGGACCUGGGCCUCAUGAUCACAUUCCUUCCAAUAAGCCGCCCUGGUUUGAUCAGCCUCAUCCUGUUACACCUUGGGGCCAACAGCAGCCCCCCGAUCAGCCUCCAUUCCCACACCACCAGGGUCCUCCACACUGUCCUCCAUGGAACAGUAACCAUGAGGGGAUGUGGAACGAACAGAGGGAGCCUGGCUGGAACAAUCAGCGUGAAGCCCCCUGGAACAACCAACCAGACCCAUCCUGGAAUAAUCAGUUUGAAGCCCCUUGGAACAACCAGCAUGAGCAGCCGCCAUGGGCCGGGGGCCAGAGAGAACCCCCUUUCCGUAUGCAGCGCCCACCUCACUUCAGAGGGCCUUUCCCCCCUCACCAACAGCACCCUCAGUUCAAUCAGCCUCCUCAUCCACAUAACUUCAACCGCUUUCCACCUCGCUUCAUGCAGGAUGACUUCCCCCCAAGGCAUCCCUUCGAACGGCCUCCAUAUCCUCAUCGCUUUGACUAUCCUCAAGGGGAUUUCCCUCAGGAAAUUGGACCACCUCACCACCACCCUGGGCACCGCAUGCCACAUCCUGGAAUAAGUGAGCACCCUCCCUGGGGUGGGCCACAGCAUCCUGACUUUGGACCUCCUCCCCAUGGCUUCAAUGGACAGCCACCUCACAUGCGCAGGCAGGGGCCACCUCACGUUAACCACGAUGACCCCAGUCUGGUGCCAAACGUCCCUUACUUUGAUCUUCCUGCUGGACUCAUGGCUCCCCUUGUCAAACUGGAAGAUCACGAGUAUAAGCCUUUGGAUCCCAAGGACAUCCGCCUGCCCCCGCCGAUGCCUCCCAGUGAGAGAUUACUGGCUGCAGUUGAAGCCUUUUAUAGUCCCCCGUCCCACGAUAGGCCAAGGAACAGUGAGGGCUGGGAGCAGAAUGGACUGUAUGAGUUCUUUAGAGCAAAGAUGCGAGCGCGGCGCCGCAAAGGGCAAGAGAAAAGAAACAGUGGCCCCUCACAAUCCCGCAGCAGGUCUAAAAGCAGAGGACGCUCUUCUUCCCGCUCCAAUUCAAGGUCUUCAAAAUCCUCCGGCUCAUAUUCAAGGUCUCGAUCUCGAUCCUGCUCCAGAUCAAGGUCCUACUCCCGGUCUCAGUCCAGGAGUAGGAGCAGGUCCCGCUCUUCCCGAAGUCGCUCCCGCUCCAGGUCCCGAUCAAAAUCCUACUCCCCUAGUAGGCGACGCCGGUCUCGAUCUCGCAGUCAGACACCUCCCUCUGCAGCUGGAUUGGGCUCCAGCUCAGGACCUCCCAUACCAGAAUCCAGACUUGGAGAGGAGAAUAAAGGACAUCAGAUGCUGGUGAAAAUGGGAUGGAGUGGAUCUGGGGGCUUGGGUGCCAAGGAGCAAGGGAUCCAGGACCCUAUUAAAGGAGGGGAUAUCAGAGACAAAUGGGAUCAGUAUAAGGGUGUGGGUGUAUCCCUAGACGAUCCCUAUGAGAAUUAUCGCAGGAACAAAAGCUAUUCCUUUAUUGCUCGUAUGAAGGCCAGAGAUGAAACUUUGGUGCACUUGGGUGCCACAGAAGGACAGCAGGGAGAAGAUAAAUGAGAUUGGAUGGAAUGAACUGAGGCACCCAAACGGCCAUCCGACUUUUCAGAAGACGAUUCUCCUGCUUCCUUAGAUGUGGGAGAAAAUGAUGAGGGCUCAAAAUCUUCAGAAUACUCGGUAUUGUUUAGGCUUUCCUCCUUGCAGGGGGAAUAUCCAGCAGAACUGCUGCUUAGCUGCUCAGAUAUAUCAGUUUCUUCCAGGUUUUCCUCUUCCUCCAAGGACACAGCUGAGGUUUUAAAGAGGUUUUGAGGAUUAGCAGAAGACAGAACUGUUCCUCCUAAGUUCUUGUUUAACUUCUCAACUGCUUCUAUUACCUGAGAAAAAUGUUUUUCUAUCAGCAUGAAUCAAGACUGUAGCACAAAAUGAAAGCUAAGCAGCAAAAAAGAACACACGCCCUUUCUCUUGGAACAAAUGAACAGAUGUUACAGAUUCUUCCAUCUUUACACGCUAGUCAGAAUAAUAAGACUGCUUUUUUCUGAUGGCAUUAGCAGAAAACAAUUACGACCCAACAGUUCAGAAUCUUUGCUCCCUUAAUAAAGGAUGUCUAGGAUGACACAGACCAACACCGAUGCAGAGAUUAGUACCUAUUGAAAAAACAAGAGUUGUUUUACCUCUUCUUUUAAUUCUGUUUUCUGGCAGGGUUCCAGUUCAUCCAGGCUCAAAAUAUUCACUCUGAAAUCUACAGCAACAAGAAAUACCACUUAGGGGAAUCUAGUGAUAGAAUUCAUAUCCUCUUAUGAGAAGGCCAAGUUAUUUAUUUGCUGAUAUCUGGUCAAUUUUGUCAUGAUUUCCACAAAAAGCAUUUCAACAUUUGCUUUUUUCUGCUGAAAAAUAUAUAGCCAGGCUUUAUUAGCUCAACAACAGGAGGAAAGACCAAGGGCAAAUUAUGCAUAGGAUUUAACUGCAAUGCUAAUUUACCAUAAUGUUCUGAGAUCUGAAUAUAGUUCUGGAAAUGUUACUUGUGCCAGAAAAUAUAUUGCAUAAAAUUCAUGUUAUUUUCAUAAUUCUGUAGUACAGCUAGUUCUCAGGUUAUGAUGGGACUGGGAUUGCUGUCGAUAAGUGAUCGGGUUGUAAAGCACGAUGUUAUAUGAUCACAUCAUUUAGUGACAAUCCAAGCAGUCCCAGUGCCACUGUAACCCCAAGGGAAGUAGCAGGAAUCCAAGUAAGGAAUAUGGGGGUGCUGCAAGGGACGGGGUAACUCAGGCAUAGGCUAUGCACAAAUUAAGGGAGAACAGGGAAGGAGUGCUAUAGUGCCAUGUAAGCACAGGAAAGCCAUGGGAUGGAAAGUGUAGCACUGCAAAUGCAAGAAAGCUUUUCCAUGGAGGGUAUGGUAUGGUGCGUGCAUAGAAAAUUCAGGGGGACUUAACCCAUGGACUUUGCUUUGUGGAUUGUCUUUGUAAUCGCAUAGCAGGCACACAAAUGCCUAGAUUGUGAUUAUGCAACCACAGAGGUGCUGUGGUCAUAUGUCCAUUUUUUCAGCACUGACGUAACUGAACAACUGUUAAACAAAUGGAUGUAAACGAAGGACUACCAGUACCUGUUUCUCCAAGGACAACCUUUGUAGAACAAUAUCAAACCAUUUCCCAUUCCUUUUAAAAACUAUUGCUUCUCUUAUUUUGAGAUGCCCCUUUUCAAAAGAAAUAAUCCUAAAGGUCAAUGGUGUUAUUUCUCCAGAGACUCUUGGCAACUGAUGGGUUUACUGAUCUAUUUACUUUUUUACAGUAAGCACAGAUGGGAACUUGGUAGUCGUCCAAAGUUUGCUG